UGUCAGUGAAAAAAAUUACGCCGCGUUCUUUGAAAUUCAACGGCGCCAUUUCUGAAAAUAUCAACGCUACACAACACAGCUGCUUGUCAACGUCGGCGGUGUUUCUGUCAUUUGUACUUUAAUUUUCACUGAUAUCAUUUUAUUAACUUGGUGUUUUUGGUUGCUGUAAUUUAAAUUAAAAAAAAAAAUUAAUAAACAUUAAAAAAAUGUCGAAUAAUUCGAAUCUAUCUGUGGCUGUGGUCUGUUCCUCAAACAUGAAUCGUUCAAUGGAGGCGCAUCAUUUCCUAGCGAAGAAGGGCUUCAACGUGCGUUCCUUUGGCACUGGUGAACGCGUAAAACUCCCAGGCACAGCUAUUGAUAAACCAAAUGUAUACGAAUUUGGCACACCUUACGACACAAUCUAUCAGGAUCUGCUUACAAAAGAUAAACAAUACUACACACAAAACGGGUUACUUCAUAUGCUUGACCGUAAUCGAAGAAUUAAAAAGUGUCCAGAACGCUUUCAGGAAUGCAAAGAACAAUUCGAUAUUAUUGUGACCGUGGAAGAGCGUGUCUACGACCAGGUGUUGGAACACAUGGAGUCUUGUGAUCCCAUAGACAAUCGACCUGUACACGUAUUCAAUGUGGAUAUUGAGGACAAUCAUGAAGAGGCUUUAAUGGGCGCCUUUCUUAUCACGGACAUGAUAAAUAUGAUGGCGAAAUCAACCGACCUGGAUAACGAUAUUGACGAAUUGCUGCAAGAAUUCGAGUCUCGGCGCAAUAAAACUGUUCUGCAUUCGGUACUUUUCUACUGACAAUUGUUUAAGCUGUAGAUGGAAAUCAAAAUAACGAAAUGGAAAUCAUUAAAUGUAUUGUUGGCAAAAUUCGGUUUGUUAAUGCAAGUGCACCAAACGGUAAAAAACUAUCCUAUAAUGCAUGUAAUAUUAUUAAACAAAUAUGAAAAAAAAAAUUUUUUUAACGGAAACCAAUGCAGGAGGUUGUGGCAUAAUUUUUGUGGAUCUAGCAGAAAAAAAAACAUAUGAAAUGAAACAAAGGAUGGCGAAACUAAUACUGUAGUUAUUGAAAAAUAAAUGUACGCAAGUAAUCAAAAUCCAAGCAAAGUUGAGGUAACCCAACUCAUUUGGUGAAGAACAAAUGCUUAUAAAAACUCAUUCAUGCCAUGCUGGUAUGUAUGCACUUGUAAGCGCGUCUAAAAAUGCAAAAAUAUAAUUAUCUUGCAGAAUAUAUGAAAUAAAAUAUAAACAGAUAUUUUACAAAUUUGUA